UGGCUUUCCGCUGCUUUAUGGACAGGCACUUGUGAGGGCACCUCUCACGACGGAGGAGAAAGACAUGGCGGUCUCCUUGCGUUUGGGUCGUCAAGGAAUUUUUUCUGGUCUCAAAUUACUUAAUUUUAACAAAAGUUUUUGGCUUCGACACCCUUCGCAGGAUCGCGUGAGAUACGUAUUUCAGUCGCCAUGGAUGUUUGGUGUCAGCCCACUCAAAGUACAAAUGCCAGCUCUCUCUCCCACCAUGGAGGAGGGAAGCAUAGUCAAAUGGCUGAAAAAAGAAGGUGAGGUUGUGGCAGCAGGCGAUGCCCUUUGUGAGAUUGAGACAGACAAGGCUGUGGUUACCAUGGAAUCUAAUGAUGAUGGUAUCUUGGCAAAGAUAUUGAUGGAAGAGGGCAGUCGCAGCGUGCGCCUUGGCACGCUUAUUGCCCUCAUGGUGGAGGAAGGGCAGGACUGGAAGCAGGUUGAGAUCCCCUCUCCAGAUGCUGCACUUCCAUCUGCAGCACCACCUACUACACCUUCAGGCCUUGCCUCUGUGGGGCCUCCAGCCGCUCUCCCUUCAAGUCCUCCUCCUAUUUCAGGAUCGCUGCGUCUGAGUCCAGCCGCUAGACACAUUCUGGAUACCCACGGUGUUGACCCCAGACUGGCCACGCCCACUGGACCAAGGGGACUUAUCACCAAAGAAGAUGCCCUGAAUCUUUUAAAGAAGUCCCCUGCCCCCAAAGCAACACCAGCCACAGUCGCACCAGCAGGCCCAGUUCCUGCCACACGUGCUGCCCUCACACCAGCAGCUCCUCCUCCUGCACCUCCGAGCAGCAGACCCAGCAUACCUCCUGUCUCUGUGCCAGGAAAACCUGGAGCACCAGGAACUUUCACUGAGAUUCCUGCUUCAAAUGUUCGCCGAGUGAUCGCCCAAAGACUGACCCAAUCAAAGACUACCAUCCCACAUUCAUACGCUUCUAUUGACUGUGACUUGGCCUCAGUUAUGCAGCUCCGCAAGGAUCUCGCCAAAGAUCAGGUCAAAGUGUCUGUUAAUGAUUUCAUCAUCAAAGCAGCUGCUGUUACACUUAAAGAAUUGCCAGAAGUGAAUGUGACCUGGUCUGAUGAUCGACCCCAUGCACUUGACUCAAUUCACAUCUCUGUUGCCGUGGCAACCGACAGAGGCCUCAUCACUCCCAUCAUCAGGGAUGCUGCCAACAAAGGAGUGCAGGAGAUCUCGGCCAAUGCUAAGGCUCUGGCCCAGAAGGCUCGAGAUGGUAAACUUCUUCCUGAAGAGUACCAGGGAGGCACAUUCAGCAUAUCAAAUCUUGGGAUGUUUGGAAUCAGCGGCUUCAGCGCCGUGAUCAAUCCCCCUCAAGCGUGCAUCCUCGCCGUCGGGACCUCCAGGACCGAGCUGCGGCUAAAUGAAGAUGACCAGACGCUGCACACCCAGCAGCUGAUGACAGUUACAUUGUCCAGCGACGGGCGGCUAGUGGAUGAUGAAUUAGCCUCGCGCUUUCUUGAUAAAUUCCGUGCCAACCUGGAACAACCACAACGCAUGGCCCUUGCCUGAAUAAGAGCGAUGGCAAUUGUGAUAGGAAGUGGAAAGAUAAAGUUAGGUCUAAACAUGUUUUCACAGGCAAAGAGCUCCUAAAAGAGCUGUGUUUGUGACUGAUUCUCACCAUGUUUUAAUGGAGGUGGAAUAAAUCUCUGCUGGAGUAUUAGAGGAUUCUGGAUGUUAAAUAUGUCCCAAAUACCAUAGAACCAGUGUUUAUCUGCCACACUAGAAUGAUCAAUACAACCUGCUUCAUCUGUUUGUAUUUUAAAUCCUGUUAUAACAAACGAGUUGGCAUCCAUAAUGUAUAUCUGUCAAUUAUUUAUUUCUGAACAUCUGUGGCAAAAUAAGCCACAUUAAUUUGAACCAUUUGUGUUUUUAUUUAAACGGUCAUCGACUCUGUCCUUAAAACCCAUAUUUAAAUAAAUCAAUUGUAUAUUUUGUUGUCAAAGGCCAAUAAAACACUGUUCAUCUA